AUGACGCAGCAGCAGCUGCAGCAGCAGCAGCAGCGACAGCGGCCGCUUCCAUUUGCUACUGCAGGAAGGCCUGCUUCUAUUCCCGCCUCAUCUUUCUAUCAGCAGCAGCGCCCCCCUGCAGCAGCAGCAGCAACAGCAACAGCAGCAGCAGCAGCAGCAGCAGCUCCUGCUGCUGCUUCUGUGUAUACUAAGACCCGUAUCCGAUCUCCUCCUUCAGCAGCAGCAGCAGCAGCAGCAGCACGAGCACCAGCAGCAGGAUCAGCAGCAGCAGCAGCAGCAGCACCACUAGCACCAGCAGCAGCAGCAGCAGGACCAGCACCAGCAGCAGCAGCAGCAGCAGCAGCAGCAGCAGCAGCAGGAGACACAGCAUUUCGCUUCGGAAAGUUUGCGGGUAAGACAUUUGCUUUUGUUGCUGCAGCAGACAGCAGCUACUGCAGGUGGGCCUGCAGCCUCACCGAGCCAAAGGGGCAGCUAGCAGCAUUUGUUGCUUAUCUGCAGCAGCAGCAGCAGCAGCAGCAGCAGCAGCAGGGGGAGGGACAGCAGCACCAGCACCAGCAGCAGCAGCAGCAGCAGCAGAAGCAGCAGCAGAAGCAGCUUAAGCUGCAACUCUCCCCAAAUAGAACAAUUCGGUUAGCUGGUGGGGCUCAACCAGCAGCAGCAGCAGCAGCAGCAGCAACAGCAGCAGCAGCAACAGCAGCAGCAGCAGCUGCUGCUGCUGGUACUGAAACUCCUGCAGCAACAGCAACUGGUGCAAAUGGAGCACCGCUACAGCUAAACGCGGCAGCACCAGCUGCUGUUGCUGCUGCUGCAGCACCAGCAGCAGCAGCAGCAAACACAGAAGCAGGCUCAGUUGAGGACCUCGCGAGCGACUUCGACUUUGACUUCAGUGUGCUGCAGGAAGAGCAGCAGCAGCAGCAGCAGCAGCAAGUACAGCGGCCAGGAUUUGCUGCUGCUGCUGCUGCUGGAAAUACCCCUCGAUCAGCAGAAAGUGAGCAGCAGCAGCAGCAGCAACAGCAGCAACAGCAGCAGCAGCAGCAGCAGCAGCAUGUUAAUCCGCCCGCAGGAAAUGCCCUGCAGUUUAUGGAUGACUUCCGAUAUGACCGUGCAUGCAGCAGCAGCAGCAGCAGCAGCAGCAGCAGCAACAGCAGCAGCAGCAGCAGCAGCACACCCUUUCGGAGGGUUCUUCCAUUCGCGAAGGACGGCGCAGCAGCACGUGCUGCAGCACCGCAGUCCCCAGCAGCAGCAGCAGCAGCAGCAGCAGCAACAGGAGCAGCAGCAGCAACAGCAGCAGCAGCAGCAGCAGCAGCAGCAGCAGCAGCAAGUAUUUCUCCUACUCUACAUAUAGAAGCAACCAUCUCUCUAGAGAUAUGCGGGGAGGAGGCCUUCAGGGUCGUCGCGCUGCAGCAGCAGCAGCAGCACAGGAAGCAUGCAGCAGCAAGCAGCAGCAGCAAAGCUGCUGUAUGGAGCCCCCUGCUGCCGCGGCCUGUAGGAGACUACCUCCUGAGCCUGAAGGCCGAAUUUGCUGCUGAGGAGAAAAACUCCAGCAGCGCAGCACAGGGCAGCAGCAGCAGCAGCAGCAACAGCAGCAGCAGCAGCAGCAGCAGCAGCAGAAGCAAGUUCAGCAGCAGCUGCUGCAGCAGCGCCGUUGAUCCUGGCCCCUUCAAUGCCUCACGAUACUCGCAGGUCCUCGAGGGGCUUAAAAAGAGUUUUACGUUUACUGGUAUGGAGCCGAUUCCUUCUUUCGUUUUGCGGGCGUUUGCUGCAUUUCAAUCAUUUGCUGCUGCUGCUGCUGUCCCCAAGAAAACAGCACUCGUGCUGCUGCGGCACAAGCUGCCCCCUCCCCCGCAGCUGCUCAGCCUGCAGCAGCACGUGCAGCAGCAAAAGCAGCAGCAGCAGCAGCAGCAGCAAAAGGUACAGGUAAAGACAGAUGGAACAGCUCCGAAUGCUUCAGAUCAGGCAGCAGCAGCAGCAGCAGCAGCAGCAGCAGCAGCAGCACCGCAUUCAGCCCCUGAAGGAGAAUCACCAUCACCACCUUCAUCAGCAGCAGCAGCAGCAGCAGCAGCAGCACCAGCAGCAGCAGCAGCAGCAGCAGCAGCAGCAGUGGACCCGGGGCUGCUGAGCUCGCUAAGAGACUUUCAGCGGGAGGGGGUUGCCUUCGGCCUGGAGCGACACGGCAGGGUACUCAUUGGGGACGAGAUGGGGCUAGGAAAAACUAUACAGGUCAGCUAG